GUAAAUACCCAGACUCUACCAAGAGAUCUAUUGAAAGAGUGUUAGAACAGCUCGACCAAGUCAACUGUUCAUUCGAGACGAAUACAGACGGCUUGUUCAGUGAACAUGGCAACUACCAAUCCGUUCCCAAUGCUUCCCAUCCACCUCAUCACCGCCCACUGGCCAUACCUCAGUGCAGGCCUGCUCCUACUAGUUACACUGCAUCUCAUUCAGAGACGAAGGCCAACCACGGCUCAUAAUGACAUCAAGAAGAACCCCCAAGUAUCUCAAAUUGACCCCCUCGUCAACUUCGACUGGACCAAAACCGAACCCCUUGUCCUCCGACCCUUCAAACCCCGCUACCACAUCACGAUGGGAAUCGAAAGCACCACCCUCUCAGAGAUCGUCCAAAUCGACAAACACUACCUCUCCCGCAUCCAGCUCCGCACCGCCCUCAUCCAGCACAAAAGACCCGCCGUGCUGGGCAGCACCCCGCGCGCCGUCCCCGCCGUCCGCGAGCUCUACACCUUUUUGGUGAAUGACUACCUCCCGCAGCGGUACGGGGCGAUCUUCCACCGCCACCCAACAGCGGGGGUAGUCAACACCAUCACCGGAGAGAUCAUCCCCUGCACCCCACCCGCCGACCCCGAAGAAGCCCUGGCGAUCCUCGGCCGCCAAGUCGAAGAGGACUUCUUGCUGCUUCUGCCCCCUCCCACCUCAGAGCCGGACACCGAAACAGAGGGCAAAGCAGAGGUGACGAAGCAAAUGUCGCUCGAAGCGUUCAUCGGCUGCUUUCCGAACGGCUUCAGCUGGGCGGAUAAGUUCGCGAAGUCGCUGGCGGCGAUCCACGUCCCCGUGCCGGAUUACACGGCCAAGCUGAGGGGCAGUAUGGAUCGGUAUCUGGGGCGGUUGGGGGUGGGGACCGUUGUCAAGCGGGCGAAUUGGACCGUGUCCGUGGACGGGGAGCUGCAUGCCCCCGACAGUAUGCAUUUGUAUGAAGGGGAGACGGUGGAGGAGGUGGAGGAGUUGGAUCUGGCCAAGGCCCGGUUACGAUGUGAGCGACAGGUGCUCUUCCGAUUGCCCAAUUCUAACGCGGUGGUGUUUGUGGUCCGCACGUAUAUGUAUCCCUUGCAGGAGAUCAAGGAGGAAGGCAACGGGCCGCGGAUGGUGGAGGCCAUCGCCGGGCUGAAGGCGGGCAGCUCGCCCGGGUUCCACUUCUACAAGCGCGCGGCCGUCUGGCAGAGGGUGGUGAGUGAGUUUUUGGUUGGGGAGGGGGAAAGUGGUACAGAGUAG